CAUAUCGAAGUUCAGCUAGUAUUAUUUAGUUUUCUGGUGCAUGCUCGGAGCAGAAUUUGUAAAAUUUGCUACUUAUUUCCUGCAUUAGUGUAUUAGUGACUUUUCUAUUUGUCGUAACACAAAUCGGAACUAUGGUCAAACGUCGAGGAUCCCGAUCGGCAUCAUGCGCGACGAAUAUACGUUUUGGACGCAGCAAAACAAAGUCAACUUCGCGAUCUCGCCGGGGAAAGUCGCGCGGACGAAAGACAACAGCGACGAAUACACGUCGUCGAAGUCGAGCCGAUGGCGCAGCUGCAAAGUCUUCUAAAAGCAGUCGGAGGCGAUCAUCCAAAGCGCGUUCCCGUUCGCGAGUACAUUGUUAAAGCUACAAGAAGCCGGCUUCCGGUGUUCGUUGGUUUCCAUUGUUUGGAAUGUUGGCUGCGUAUUGUCGACUUUUGUACAAAACUUCAUGCCAUUUAAGCAAACCUCAAUAAAAGGACUGUAUAAAGGACUGUUACUGUGCAAAGAUUUCUCUAAUAAAUGUCGACAGUACGAUAAUUAUACAAU